UCCCUUUCUAUUCCAAAAGAAGAAAUCAAUACAGUAUAAGAAUCAUUAUAAUACUCGAUGCUUUUGCCAUUUGGGUUCUCUCAUUCUUCAUCUUCUUCAUCACAGGACAUACAAAACAGCUCUUCUUUUGGAUCAUAAUCGACUCAUACAGGUGUUAUUUUAUAGUUAGUUUUUCCAGGAGAGACUUUUAGAAGAAAUGCGUUUCUUUCAGAGACGAACUACUAUUGGAGUUGACUCACAACUGAUUGAGGACAUUAUGUCAGAGGGUCUUGUCUGACAUGGAAUAUUUGGCCCCACAAGAUUGAAAAAUGUUGGCAGAAAGAUUUCCUAUAAUGGCUCGUGAUGUUGAAGACAAGAGUUCUGCACGAAGAAUUCAGCAUGAACUGUGGCCACUUAAUGAAAUUGAUCCUAAGAAAGCGAAGUUCCCUUGCUGUUUUGUUUGGACUCCUCUUCCAGUAGUCUCGUGGUUGGCACCUUUCAUUGGACAUGUUGGCAUAUGCAGGGAAGAUGGGGCUGUUUUGGAUUUCUCUGGAUCCAAUUUUGUGAAUGUUGAAGACUUUGCAUUUGGCCCUGUAGCCAGAUACCUUCAACUUGAUAGAGAUCAGUGUUGCUUUCCUCCAAACCUUGCUGCGCACACGUGCAAACAUCGCUACAGGCAUUCAGAGUACGGGACUGCAAUCACUUGGGACGAUGCUCUGCAUUCAAGUAUGCGCUACUUUGAGCACAAAUCCUACAACCUCUUCACCUGCAAUUGCUACUCGUUUGUUGCUAAUUGUAUGAACCGGCUCUGUUACGGUGGAUCCAUGGGUUGGAACAUGAUAAAUGUGGCGGCUCUUGUGCUGUUCGAAGGGCAAUGGGUUGACAGCUUAUCUAUCCUAAGAUCAUUUUUGCCUUUCACCGUGGUGCUUUGCUUUGGCGUUUACAUGGUUGGAUGGCCAUUCUUGGUAGGACUGUCAUCCUUCUCUCUCCUCCUCUUUGGCUGGUUCGUAUUGGGUUCAUACUUCGUCAAAAGUCUGUUAGAAUGCUAGAUCCUUGUCCAAAUAAUGCAGAAAAUUCUGUUUGAUGGAAACAAGAUUUUCGUCCGAGCAUUGUUCAUAGUACUUGAGAAACUGCAGAAGAAGCUGCGCUGAUGCAAAAGCUGGGUUUUUGAAACAGAAAUGUAUUCUAUAGGCUUAGAAAAGGAAACUGAACCAUUUGUUGUGCAUUUUUCUUACGCUAAGAUGCUAAAUAGAUGGAUUGUAGAGUUCUUAUUUAUCAAUUUCUCAUUAAUCUAAAAGAAAUAUUUGCACCAAA